AUGGAUUUGUCUCUUUUAUCAGCUAUCAGUAGAUAUUCGGGAUAUUUAUCCUUUACCAUAUGGUUGUUUGCACAACUACCGCAGAUCAUUGAAAAUCAUUUAAAUCAGUCAGUUGAUGGAGUGAACUUGAUGUUUUUAGGAUGUUGGAUUAUGGGUGAUUUGACUAAUCUUAUAGGAUGCAUAUUAACGAGAGCCAUGACUUUCCAAUUACUUAUAGCUUCAUAUUAUUGUUUCAUUGAUAUAAUACUUUCCUUCCAAUUCUAUUAUUACACACAGAUUUAUCCAUAUCAUAAAACACCUCAUAAUUUACUCCAAAGUCCCAACAUGGUCAGGCAUCAAGGCAAUUUAAGUCAUGUUUCACCAAAUUUACUCAAAUCUCAUAAACCUUCAGGUAUUAUAAGUAAACUCAUAACUACUUCAGUCAUGACAAGGAAAAAGGCAAGAGCUAUGGUGGUUGAUUUGACAAAUAUGAAGUCAUCGGAUUAUACGAGAAAUCCCCCCUCAAUUGGUUUAGGUAUAUUAGGAGCUAGUCUCAUCCCGAUUUCCAAUGAACUUAUAGGUCAAAUACUGGCUUGGGCUUGUACUACCUUCUAUGUAUCAUCAAGAAUCCCUCAAAUCAUCACCAAUUAUAAGAAGAAAUCCACUUCAGGGAUUUCUCCGUACCUUUUCAUGUUUGCCAUGUUGGGUAACAUUUUCUAUCUGAUCUCCUUAGUAGUGGAUCUUUGCAUGAAUUACAUUGAAGGAGGAGACAUCGAAAGUUUAUUUUUCAAUCGAUUACCUUUCUUAUUGGGUAGUGGAGGAACUGUUUUAUUUGAUACCAUUAUCUUAUUCCAAUGCUGGUAUUAUCAACCUCAAAAACUUUUAAUUGAACCUUCAACUACUUAUGGAAGUUUCCAACAACCUGAUUGGUACACCAGUAACUUCAUUUAUGAAGAAGAUAACAAUGAAAACGAGGAAUUUUAUAAUCAUAGUAAUAUCCUCAAUGAUUCAAUUUAUAAUUCCCCACCCCAUCAUUAUAUUUCCCGUUCCCAUACCCUGAAUCAAAAUCAACAUACUCCAUAUCAAAAUUCCCAUAAUCAGUUGACUAAUUCCUUAAAGAGGUCAUCCAUUAGGUCAAUACCAUCUUCAAAUUCCUAUCAAUCCCCCAAUUUACAUACAUCUUUAAUUCCUUCAAUUAUUAAUAGUUACACUUCAGUUAAUAAGAAAAUGGCCGAUGAGAGAACACCUUUCCUGCCUUCAGAUUUCUUGAGUGAUGACUUCCAUACCCCUAUAGAGAAUUCCUCCUUCUCCUUAAAUAACUAA